CGGUGUUGAAGAUCUCCAUUUUGUGAGAGCCGCCAUAGUCUUAUUGUCCCAGCGCGCGGAGGCCGAUCCGUCAUAGAACAAAAACUGUCAAAGUUACCCGAAAGGCUGCCCGAUAACCAAGUCAUUUUCCGAAAGGAAAGCAAAUCUUAUCGUAUGUCCGCUAUCCAGAACCUCCAAACUUUUGACCCCUUUGCUGAUGCAACUAAGGGUGAUGACCGCCUCCCAGCCGGGACUGAGGACUACAUCCACAUAAGAAUCCAACAGCGGAACGGCAGGAAGACCCUCACCACUGUACAGGGCAUCGCGGCCGAUUAUGACAAGAAGAAGCUAGUCAAGGCCUUCAAAAAGAAGUUUGCCUGCAAUGGGACAGUGAUUGAGCACCCAGAGUAUGGUGAAGUGAUUCAGCUUCAAGGAGACCAACGCAAGAAUAUCUGCCAGUUUUUGAUUGAGAUUGACCUGGCGAAGGAGGAGCAGCUCAAGGUUCACGGCUUUUAGGAGCUGCCAGCGGCCCUCCCCCCUCUUUCUCCUUGAAGGCCACCAAGCGCCCCUCUCUUCCCACCUAUGUGCUGCUGUUGCCCUUCCUCCCCCCCUUUUCCCAUUUGCAAUACCACCAGCUUUUAUUAGCUAACACCUGAAUUACCUCUGAAUGACAUGGGACUCUGUAACAUCCCCCUACAACACCGGGGGGUGGGGGCGCUCUCACAGAAACGCACCACAGUUCCACACAUCAGGGAUGAGUGGUGAUGACCCUCCCACACACACUUCCUCUUUCCGUGUUGCCCCCUCUUUCUUUUUUCCAUUUUUAGAUUGUGCCCCGAUGAAAAGGCACCAUCUCAUGUAACAUUUUUUGUUUUGUACUUAUGUGUUUCAAUAAAACAAUGAGUCUCCAUGGUUUGGAGUGGAGUGUUGUCAUGGGGUGGGGUGUGUGAAGGAGGGUCAUACUUUUUUUGUUUUUAUCCCCCACCCUUCAAAGUAAAACUGCAUAGAAACGAGUGUUAAAGAUCAGGAGAGCGGGUGACUGCUGUCAGAUCACUGCCUGUUCUGUAUUCAGUCACUGGUGGGCUGGAAGUCGUAAGGAGGGCUGAGGCAUCUCACUGUGAUCAGAUGGGAGGGAACCGGGGUGAGGGGGCAGUAAACGCAUUGAGGCAGUUAUUCAGAAAUUGACUACACUGGUGCUUAACCUGAUUAGGUACCAAUCCUCUUUUUCAUGGAUAUUAAGUCCUGUAAUGCAAUAAUUUAUAAACAUGGCAAUGUUUAGUGGAUUAAAACCUAAAGCCAUGAGAACAGAGGAGGUGGUGGACUGGAUGUGUGGUAAAUUCAUCAUUUGGGGUAAUAAAGAUGAUGCAGUUCACAAAGCUGUGUGUGGGGGGGGUGCUUUUGCUAGCAGGAAUGCUGUUCUAAUGCUUGAUGACCUGUUGGCAUCCUGAGCUGAACCAUAAAGCUCAAUUCUGUAGACUUUAAUAAAGGUUUGCAGGAAGAA